AUGCUAGCCCUGCUUAGGCCCAACAUGAUGCCUCUGGCACCGACUCCCGUGGUUGCCGUUCCCUCGAAGCCUAAAAUAGGCUUCUCGAUAGACUCGAUCGUCGGCGGACAAUCCAGCCCGCAACAUUCGCCUAUACAAACGUCCGUGUCGCCGACAAGUGACUCUGAGAACCGGUUGAACCAUUCCAGUGCGGCUUCGCCUCAAAGGACCCCCAAUACUUCGCCGAAACCUCCUAUCAUGGUGCCUGGGAUCCCGGCGCACACCCUGGUGAGGCCGAGUCCCACCUAUGACCCGAACCUAGUGCCCAAGAACGGCUUCCUGCAGCCGGAGAUGAUGCACAACCAUCCUGGGCAGCAUCCCUUCGCCUUGGCCGCCCAUUUUCAAGGGGCUGCCCUCGCAGCGGCUCUUAGUUCCGGACAACAUGGUUUUCCGGGUCAACCUUCGCCGUUGGCGCAACACGCUCAACCUAGAGACAGUUAUCCGUUGUAUCCCUGGCUACUCUCCAGGCAUGGAAGGAUAUUUCCGCAUAGGUUUCCUGGCGGUGAGUACCUAGAUCAUAUGAAUACCUAUAGAAAUUGA